AUGACUUUUACCACAGAAACCGUCGCCAGGGCAGCCAUUACAGUGGAGCAUUUCACGCCCGAGUGUAAGUUCAAGGAGUCGGUUUUUGAGAACUACUACGUGACCUACUCAUCGAUGAUGUACCGGCAGCAGGCCUCUGGACGGGCCUGGUACCUGGGCCUCAACAAAGAGGGACAGAUCAUGAAGGGGAACCACGUGAAGAAGAACAAGGCUGCAGCACAUUUCAUCCCCAAACCACUCAAAGUUGCCAUGUACAGAGAGCCAUCGCUCCACGACCUCACGGAGCUGUCUCGAUCCGGUUCCGGGACGCCCACCAAGAGCCGCAGCGCCUCCGCCCUUCUCAACGGAGGAGGGAAGUCUCCGAGCAACAAUGACUUGUCCUAG